AUGAAGAGAGAGCUUCUGAAAGUCAUGGCGAACCACACUGAUGAGAUGACUUACUCUUUCGAGAUAGACAACUUUUCCCAAAGGAAUACUAUAUUUACGACUCCUAUAUUCUCAACCCGAUCCUGCAACUGGUUUGUUUACGUAUAUCCCAUGGGAGAUACAAUUAGUAAAAAUAUGUCUCUGUGGCUAAAAGUUCCAGAUCCUCUCUUACGGCCAUUGGGUUGGUCGAGACAGACAUCGUUUCGCUUCGUCGUUGUCAACCCAUCCGACGUUAACAGUUCCCGAAGUUUCAAAUCUAUCGACUCCAUCUUUUACAAGGGACAGCCAAGCUGGGGUUUUAUAACGGACUUGAGUCUUUCCAAACUUCAAGAGGGAAAAUUUCUUGUGAACGACAAACUCAAAAUUGAAGUCUACAUAGGUGGUAUCGCUGUUCAUGGAGGACUAGAUCCACAUGUGUUACCCGAAAAGAAGAAGGAGACCGUGUGUGUCAAUGGCUUCCAAGUUCUUGAUUCACAAGUAAAGUCAGCAAAGUGGAUUUUUGAGACUUACCCGGAAACAGCAUUGUAUAUUCAACCACAAGAUCCACAGCUUAAGACAGCAUACAUGAACAUUCUCCUCAGAAUCUUGGAAAAACUAUAUAACAGUCCUCUUGAGAAGCUCACGGAAAGUGAGCUAAGUAACGUUUCCAAGGGUCUGCUUGAUCUGACACAAGCUGGUUUUAAGCUGGAAUGGUUGAGGGAAAAGCUUGAGAAGGUUUCCGUCGAGAGGAAGAAACUAUCUGGUUAUGAAGCUCAGGCUAAGGAACUUGAGAAACAGUUGAAGAGUCUUGAGCUGAUGAUGUGUAAUCUCAAAGCUGAGAUCAAGUUGAAAGCCGAGAGCUAAUUAUAUUAUGAUAUUUGGUUAGGUAUUAAUUUCUAGUUUUCAUUAUAUCUUAUGAUUUAAUUUUUUUUUUGUUUGCCAGGCUUUGAUUUAGAUCAAUUAUAUCCUUUUCAUAUAUUUUGUCUAGAAAUCAAAUGUUUUUCAACACAAUAUUUGGUUUUUUAGAUUGUGCUUUUUAAAUUUUCUCAAAAAAAGAAAAGAAAUUCAAACCUUAAGUUCCUUUUCGAUCAUUAAAGCAGCAAGGAAAGCUGUUCUUGAUAAAGGGUUUAGGAAAAAAAUUAGCAGAAGAUGAAGCAAAUAUGAGAACCAAGAUUUCAAGAAUAUCUAGCAGAUGGAUAUGUGCCUAGAAAAUUUUCUCUUCAGUUUGCUUUACACUAACAUUAUAAGUGGUUUGAUAGAUCUUGGUAGUCUGGUACUAUAUGUUACAGUAAGUUUUGUUCUUCUUUCCUCUAAACAGAGGAUUUGCUUUGAGUUUUAUUCCUCAAAGUACCAAGUUCUAACGAAGAAAAGGCCCAGUUAAGCCCAUAACUCUUUAGAAGCCAAACUGAAAAAUCUCGUUGACGGUGGAUCUCACUGAAUCCGACGUGCUCGUCCUAGCGGUUAGUUAACGGUACGUGCCGAUAAUCCUGCUACGCCUCUCUUUUCUUCGAAGUUGCACUUAAAGUUUUCUCUGCUUCGUAGUUACAUACUUACAUUACAAAAGUUUAAUGAUACGCCGUUUUUGAUUAGUUUUACUUUUACAAUUAGACGUUGUGUUGACGUGUGCCGAACAAACUGCUAUGUAUCAUUCAUCCCCCACAAAUUCUCCACUUGUGUCUGCAUUAUUUUUUUCUAAUAACUUCUUUAUAAAUACAUUGUAUAAAGUUCAUCUUCCAUUUUCAGACAUUAUAUCUUGUCUUAAGUAAAAUAUUAUAGAAUAUAUUUUCUAUCUUAUAAAAGUUACUUAGCUUAAAAUAUUUAUUAAUGUGUGUGGAUUGUGGAUGGAUGAAAAUAUAAGUUACUACGCAAAAAGAAUUAUGAAAAUGUAGUCACUGAUUGGGAGCUAUUAUGUACUUAUAGGCACUUAAGAGUGAACUGGGUUUCUAACUUUGAAAAUUUGAAACCUAUAAAAUAAUGAAAGUUAAUUUACCUUUUAUUGCGUUUC